AUGUCUUCGGCUGCACUUUCAACAUCCAUUUUACUUUUAUUAAUCUGCUUUGUGGGUCACGGGAGCUGUGGAAGUCCUACGGAAAAUAACGGUACUAUAACCUGGAAUGAUGAUUUUCAGGAGAAGAACGAGGGAUCUGGACUGAAUACAGAGUACGACGCCAAAGGCCUUCAACCCUGGUAUAAUUUUGUUAACUCGUUUAUUUCAACAGUGCUCAACAAGGACCCUUACGGUGAGUUUUCAGUUUAAUUUUGUUCUUCCGAAUUGAUACAUGCUUUUAAAGGUUUUAAGGAAUGGUUUUACCGACGAGAAGAAACUAAUGUCGGUUACUCAUUCGGCUAGCGUCUCGCUAGCCACUAUGUUCUUGACAAACUUGAUCUGAGUUCUGCGCAAAACUAUUGCUUAGAUGUGACGGUAAAUGCGUCGCAUUUAUUAUUUAACAUGUUUAAUGUUCCUAGAAUCCAACACAGUUUUUCUUCACAAUAUGUGACUUCUAAAUAUGAUACUAAAAGUAAACAUACCAAGGUUAUAUUAGAUUCAGCAAAUCUCGAUUGACGAGAGGCCUUCCUUUACCUUUUGUUUAUUUUUUUUCGCGACGAUGAGGUCGUUAACGUGUAUAAUUUUUGCGCCUCUGAUCGUUCAGUAUUUCUUCAGCUGGCGUAUCAAGUAUUCACAUUUUGGUCAAUAUUUUUCAUUAUCUUUUUUGUCCUUGAGUUAACGAGGAACGUGGCUAGGCGAAUCAAGUCAAGACUUAAAACUCAAAUACAGUGAAGCCCCGGUAACUCGAACUUUCAAGGGAAACGAAGAACAGUUCUAGUUAGCGGGGAAUUCGAGUUAUCGGGGUGAAUUUCAGUGAAAUUUUGAUCAAGGGAAACAAAAUUUAGUUCGAAUUAGCGGGGAAUUCGAGUUGUCCGAGUUCAAGUUAUCCAGGUUCUGUCACAUCUACUGUAUAGGCUUUUAAUAGCUGGUUUGAUUGUCUUGUUUGGUCAAAGUCCGCAAUUCUUAAUUGCCAAAAUAUCCUGUGACAGUUUGAUUAUUAAUUUUGAAUCUCUACCUUCAUACUUCUUCUUAGGAUAACAUAAUGAUUGUCUGAUAUUUGUUGAAGGCAAUUUUUUAAAAUGGAGAUUUAAAUACCAUAGAUGAAACUUUUUUCAGUUUCGACAUGCUUCAUUAUUUCAAUAAUUUUUCAAAACGACCGGUCAGAUAUUUCUUUGGUCUGUCGUGUUGCGUGAAAAUCAUGCAUGUACAGAUUACCAUCAUAUCAACCGGUUUUCUGCGUGCUCUUUGAAAACAAUCAUGUUCUGUAGCAAGUUGAAUUGACAGAAACGAAGCUCUAUGAGAUUUGCAACUUCAUCUUUCAAGAGGCAUAGAUUUAAGUUAUAUUUACUAAUUUAGUACAUGGUUAUCUGCGUUGUUACUGCAAUACAAAGCAGACUGAAGUCAAUUCUCUAACGCCUUUUCCGAAGUGGCUGUUUUUUGGGGCUAAAGAAGCAAAGGAGAAUCAUGUUUGAACAUAUAUAAAAUAUUGUUAUAACAAUCAUCGUCUUGAAUAAGUUGGAUGAACAAAAUUAAUGAAUGAGGAAGCAUUUUACAGUUCUACAUCCUUAGCUUUUUAAUAUUAACACAUUGACAAAUUUGUAGCACAUUAUUUUGUACAGUCGACUCUCGAUAAUUCGAACCUUAAAGGGAAAAAAAAAGUUCCAGUUAUCGAGUUUUUUAGUUAUCGAGGGUAAAAUUUUAUGGAAAAUGAUCUGAACGGAAUUAAAAAUUGCUUAGAGUUAGCGGGUGGUUCGAGUUACAGAGGGUUCAAGUUACUGGGAGUCCACUGUGAUACAUUUGGUAAUUAGCGUCUGUCAACACUUGCAAUCAUUUCCACUGGCCUGUCCAGCCUAAUUCAGUCACGGUCAUAUCACAGCUUGUUUGCCUGUUAAUGAUUAACAUUGGUACUUCAUCCAGUGUUUACCGAUCUUCCCACCAAAACUUCCAGAUCCAGUAUUUUUAAAGUAACACAAAGCUUGCUCCAGUUUUCUCAAAAGGUGGAUAAUAUUAUUUUAUCCAAUGAAUAGUGAUUUGGACAACCAGAACUGACCUUUAUCAAUUAUUUACUCUGAAGAGAUUGUCCCCUUCUACUAGGUGAUUCACUAAAAGAAAUAUCAAAUUCUAGUCAGGUACAUGUACAUGUUGUAAUCACAAUUUGGAAAGUCAAGGUUAAUUAUACAAGUAUGCCAUACACCUGCACUUUGAAAUUUCCUUAACAGGGAAUAAUAAGCUCCCAGCUGUAAGCCUCAUCUGCAAUGAUAUUCUGUGACAACAAGCAAGGGGGUAGUUACAUCAUAUUUCAAAAUAGUUCCCUAAGCUUGUGAUCACACUGUUAUUGUUUGGAUUUUUACCCAUUGGUAAUUCUACUGCAAAUUAAUUUUAGACAAAUGGCUUGGGUAACCAUUGCGUUGUGGGGCUUUUCCGGGAUAAUGAAACAACAUUAACCCAUUUGCCCCUGAGCUGCCUGUAACUGCCUGUGCAGAUCCAUGUCCGUUCUACCACUUGUGAUGUCAUCAGUUUUAACAGUCGAGGACAACUUUGUCUGCUAACGUGUGCAGAGUGAAGAGAUCUUUCAAACCAUACCAGAAUCAGUACAAUUCAGUCAAGGACACUGGAGAAAAAGGCAAAAAACCAUGUAACAUUGACCCGAAAAUUGCCAUGAAAAUCUUGUUCUACUACCCACCUACCUUUCCUUUCAUCUAAUCUUAAGAUCCUCAAAGCUUUAGUAAAAACGUUUCCCACCAAAAUGAAGCCUACUAAAUACGCAACAAAAGAAAAAAAGGAAGCAAGAAAAGCGAAAAAAGUAGGGAGGAGAGAAAGUGGAUUUUUGUUUUCUGAGCGUGCCCGAACUUCUUAAGCUAAUAUUUUGCAUUUGGAUCAGAAGGCCGCAAAGAGUAUGACCUGUAAAUGGCUUGCCCCUUAAUUAUGGAAUGAUUUUCCCUUUUUUAUGACAAAUAUAUCUUCAGUUAAUGCUUUUAAGAAGGCACUUAAAACUCAUUUAUUUCAGAAGGCGUUUGCCAGCUAAUUUAUUGUUUAAGAAGGAUUCGUAAAUAGGAUUUUAAAGAAUAAUUAGUCAUUGUUUUUAGAAUUUUAGACUUAAUAUUUUUAGCAAAUUAUUAGUAGCAAUCUGUAAAUAAGACUUAAGGGAUUAAUUAUUGGUCAUUGUUUUUAGAAUUUUUUGAAUUGAAAUAUGUAUUAGGAUUUUAGGAUUUUGUUGAGUCAGUGUAAUACGCACAUGAAAAUUGCUUUCCCUGGAUUGAUAUUUACACAAUACAAAUCGAUAAAUAUUAUUAUAUUAUAUUAUUAUUAGAUCAGAAUGUUGAAAACUUUGCUGCAUGUUUUCUUCCCCACAUUUUGACAUGAUUAUGUGGCCUAUAAGAAAAGAAAAAAUUGCAAAGUGAUGUUGUAGUCAUGAUUUAACCCAUUCGCUCCUGGAGAUUUUGCCGAAAAACGCGUUUUGAAGCUAGUCGAGUGGUUUUCUGGUCACUGUCGUGCUAUAAAGGGCUAAAACUUACCACAAACCGGUUUACAGGUCGUACACUUGGCGGCCUUCUGAUCCAGAUGCAAAACAUCAGCUUGCGAAGUUCGGGCAUGCGCAGAAAGCAAAAUUUCUUUUUGGAUUUAAAAGUGACACAGCAGUCUUGACUUUUACUUUUCGCUUUUUCUCCUCCCUUCUUUUUUCGCUUUUCUUGCCUCAUUUUUUUUUUCUCUUGCUGGGCAUUUAGUAGGCUUCAUUUUGGUGGGAAGAGUUUUUAGGAAAGCUUUUAGGAUCUUAGGAUUAGGUGAAAGGAAAGGUAGGUGGGCAAUUGAACAAGAUUUUCAUGGAGAUUUUCAGGUCAAUGUCACGUGGUUUUUUGCUUCUUUCUCCGUUGUCCUUGACUGAAUUGUGCUCAUUCUGGUAUGGUUUGAAAGAUCUCUUCACUCUACACAAGUUAGCAAAGAAAGUUGUCCUUGACCGUUAAAACUGAUGACGUCACAAAGGGUAGAAAGGACCUGGAUCCGCACGGGUGGUUACGGGCGGUUCAGGGGCGAAUGGGUUAAGUAGGUCAUUUUUUACUUCAAACUCAUCUUGUUCUUUGUACUAAGUUUCAGUCAGCACCGUAGUUUUGGUGUAUACUUCUUAAAUUUGUGAUUUUUAUAGGUAGACUUAUCAUUUGCCUGGUUUUUUGUUUUAUCUACCUUUAGAAUUGGCGCUGAAGGCAAAAGCUGGCGAUCUAACAACAGAUAAUCUCAAGGAUGAAGUAAGUAAAACAUAAUAAAUACAGCAAAUCUGGACAUUAUAAUUAUUAUAAUGUCCAGAUUUGCUGUAAUUCAUCGUCAUCAUCAUCAUCAUCAUCAUCUUUGCUUUACAUGCCUUGCAAUGCCUUGUCAUAAACAUCAACAGUUAUCACAAUUGUCAUCAUUGGUCUCAUCCUCAUGAUUGUCCUUGCUUUGCAUAUCUUGUCGUCGUCAAUGUCAUUAUCACCACCAUCAUCAUCAUCAUUGCUUUAGAUAUGUGGCAAAGGGAACUAACAAGGACUCCUAAGGCUCAAAUAAGUCAUAUGAAAAGGAACUUGUGCAAAAAAUAGGAUAUUGAUUGUACAAACAAUAGCCUAGCUUUUGACAUAGGAGUCAGUUGUUCAGGUAUGAGUGAGAGUGUAGUUGAAGCUUGACCAGAGUCUCCCUGUAAAACCUAUUUACAGCCUGGAUUAAAUUAAGUAAAUCAAUUCAAAAUCAAGAUUUGCAGUUCUGGCUUAUUUUAGUGUCCCAUGGCUACACAUACAUUGCCACAAUUAUCAUCAUCAUUAUUAUUAUUAUUAUUAUUAUUAUUAUUAUUGUCAUAGUCAUUUUAAAUACCUUAUUAUGAAAGUUACUUGUAGAAGAUGUGAAAAUAUUUGUGAAAAACUUGUGAAUCUUGGCUAGUCUGAGAACGGAUGUUUCGGUGCAACUAAAUUUCGAAAAUGUCUCUGAUGAUGUGCUUGGCCACAACAAAAAUCCAGCUGGCAGACUAGUAAAGAUUCACAAGGUUUUCACAAGUAUUAUUAAUACCAUUGGGUAUCUUGUAAUACAAGAAAUACGUAAAGUCACCAAAUCCUAAACCUCAGCCUCUUCGUGGCUUUUGUCACAGAUUUGUCUUUCUUGUGUUUGACAAAAUUAAUUAUAAUAAUUUGUAUUAUUACACUUUCGUCCUCCUUUUUUUUCUCUUUGCUUUUUAUUUAUUAUUUGUGUAGCAUGAUUUGUAGUGAUAUUUGACAUAAAUACCUCAAGUGAUAUUUCAAGAUAAAUUUAUUGUUAUACAUAAUUUCAUGAGCCGUUAGGCAAUUGAAAUACGAGACAAUUUUGAAAUAUCACAAGUGGUAUUUAUGCCAAAUAUCAUGUACAAAUCAUGCUAUUAUUUGUUUAUACUACUAACCGCAAAGGUUUUGUAACAAUAUUUUUACAUGUUGGUAUUUCCAAUUAAGCUGAAAUACCACUGCCCUUAGCCAAUCAAAUUGAAGAAAUUUCUCAUGUAGUAGUAUAAUGGCUGUAAUCUUCUACAUAAUUAAUUUAGCUCACCAUGACUAGCAUUUUGGCUAAGUGUAUGGCAAAACCUUUAUUGUAAUUAAGUAUUUGUAUCACUUGUUCUCACUUUGUGGUUGCAGGUAAUUUUAGGAUAUGCCAUUGGAAUGGUUAUAUGUGUUGGAAUUGGUGUUCUUUUUUGUUUAAUAAUGCCAAUUGUGGGACUUUGCUUUUGCUGUUGUCGAUGCUGCUGUGGAAAAUGCGGUGGAGAGAUGUCACAGAAGGACAGCCCCAAUAACAACUGCAAGAGGGCUGUGUUUGGUGUGAUCUUGUUGAUGAUUACUUUGCUUAUGUUGUAAGUACAUUAUCAAAGAACUUGGCAUAAUUCUUAUAAGGCAUAAGUCAAAGUGGAGACUUUUCUUUGAAAUAAAAUUCCUCCGAAGAAGCUUUUUUUACCAGUGAAUUACAGCUGGUGAUCAGGGGGCAAAGAAAGUCAGUUUUACAGCUUGCCAUUCAGGCAAGCUGAAGGUAGCAUUUACUAUAGCCCAAAUGUUGCUUCAGCUGGCCCCAAAAACCUUUUUGAUGAGUAGAACUGAUUUCACAAUUCUUCUGUAAUUUGAAUUUCUCCAAACAAUUGAGUUACCCUUUUGGCAAGGUAAGAACAAAAUUCACUACCCCGGUAGCAAAAUUCACCAGACUCAGGCAAUCAGACACUGCUGCCACUUUUUAUCAACCCUGGAUUAUCCCUAUUAUUUGGUAUUGAAUUUUAUUCUAAUAUAUUAUAGAAUAGUCUAAUAUUACUAGUCACUGAAAUUGGAUUCAACAAAUGAUUUUCUGUGCACUACAGAAUCAUGAUCACAUUCACCAAAAUUUAUUUUGUAUGUUGGGAACAAGCCUUAACUAGUUACCAUUAUCAUAAUAUUUUUGUAAGGUUAUUUCUUAUUUGUAUGUCUUUCUUAGUGCUGGUGUUCUCUUGACAUUUGUUUGUAAUGACCGGAUGUCCGACACGGUGGAUGGAAUGGUUGACACUUCAAACGGCAUUAUAAAUGAGGCAAUUUUUUUCAUCAACCGGACUGUUGGGGUAAGUUAACCACAGACAGUAUCAAAAGUUGUAGCCACUUUACACAACAUAGUCACCUAGAAGGUGAAGGGGUUCUAUGAAUGUUGGGCAAGGAUGUGCUCUGGAACUGUGGAACCUUUAGCCCUUACCAGAACAUGUUCAGCUGCAUUUUGUAACCAUCACUAAGUACCGGAAAUCCCUAUCCUAUUCCUUACUAUCUAUUUAAAAGAUGCUAAUGGUGUGUCGACCAUCAAUAAUAAUGUGACAGUAGAUGAUGGUUAAUGUUCAGUCAAUAAUUGUUGUAAAAGCUAUAAAAAUAAUGACAUUUUUACCUCCCUGAGGUCAUUUUCAGGUUCAAAAUAGCAAAGUGAAAUCGUCAUAAUUAUAGGUAAAUUGUUACGGUAAUGUUUAAGAUGAAAAAAAAAAACAGGAUAAAAUAUCUGAGUGACAGAAGCUCUAAAGAGAAAACAUUUUAAUUAUGCAGGGCUCGAAAUUAACUCUUUGGAUAACUAACCCUUCAGGUGGUGGGCAUAAAUUUUACUAACCAAAUUAUAAAGUUUUUUAUCCAAGAAUCUGUUCUUGAAAUAAAAAUAUUUUAUCUAUUGAAAGUAGUGCUCAUAAAUGGGACAAACUAAUGUAUGGAUGGAUUUGUUUAAAUUACAUGAUGAUCUGCAAUACGAAAUAUAUAGAAGAUUUAAUGCUCGUUUACAUUUUCCUUUCAAUUACAUUACGUGAGGGUGGAAAAUUCACCAUAAACAGAGCAAAACAUUUGUUUAGACUCAUCAAACUGCAGCCAGGUAAAUACCUUUUUCGAUUGUUGGCGGAAAGUUCGUUCUUUGUUCAUACGCCCUCUGUGUAGUGUUUGAAACUGUACUUCGUCUUUGUCAUUAUUUUUGAUCUUCCAGUUCCUCUUCACAAAUUUUGGUGGGCGAACUUUUUCUAAAAAAACUAUCCAAGCAUCUCUGUAUCUGAUCUGCGUAAUAAAUAGGUUGCAUGAUGUUAACGAGCCAUUUGUGAAAGACAUAUGAAGGCUGUGUCCAGAUCUCCCCAUCCAACAAAAGCCUGGUCACCUAGAGUUCUGUGAAAUGCGCAUUUUUCGUGUUGUUCGAUUAUGCUGUAAGCAUAUCUUAUAGAACAAUAAAUUGAUUGAGAUUGAACACAAUGUUAUGCAAGAAGAAACAGGUGUAAGAUUUUCAGUGACAGAAAUUUUUACUUUAAUACGGUGUCGGGGUAGUAAGGCUUAUUUUAGUAACUAAAUGUUAGAAACUACUAACCGUUGGUUAACCCUUUAAGUCCCAAUAUCAACAUACAAAUUCUCCAAACUGAUCUCCAUACAUUUCCUUUAAGAAUCAGUUGAGAGAGUUUAAUAACAGAUCAAGGUAUUUUCGCUUUGGUAAUCAUUUGUUAAUUCUCUGAACUAUAUCUCUUGACAAUUACUGGAUAUUGUUAGGAGAGAAUUGAUUUUGGUCACUAUCGGGACAUAAAGGGUUAAUGGUUCAACCCAUUAACCCUUUUAUACUACUACAUGAAAAGUUUCUGCAAUUUGAUUGGCUUAGAGCAGUGGUAUUUCAGCUUAAUUUGAAAUACCUACAUGUGAAAAUUACAAACCUUUUGUGGGUAGUAGUAUAAACAAAUAAUAGCUUGACUUGUACGUGAUAUUUGGCAUAAAUACCACUUGUGAUAUUUGAAAAUUGUCUCAAAUUUCACUUGCCUAGCGGCUCGUGAAAUUUCGUAUAACAAUUUUGAAAUAUCACUCGUGGUAUUUAUGCCAAAUAUCACUACAAAUAGUGCUAUUACCUAUACUAAUUUCGAAUAAUAAUUUUAAUAAGAAUAAGGGAAAAAAAGCCACAAAAUAUUGAAAUACUCUUCACUUUCACUAAUUCUCUUCACGUCUCGUGGCACAUAAGGCCCUUUAUAAGUAACUUUGCAUGGAUUUAUAUUUUAUUCCUUAUUUUAAAAGUUAAAUUUGGUGAGGGACAGGGGACAAUAGUAGCAAAAUUUCUACUGUAAGACUCACUCGUUUUAAAGCUCAAUACUACACUCCUCUUUUCACAGGAAGCCGAGAAGCUCUUCUUAGUGGACUUUCCUUUUGUCAUUGAUCGGCUGGAAAGUGAUUUGACCGAUGAGAGUCUAACGACUCUUGUGGGUGAUCCACUCCUACAGGAACUUGACAAGGUCUCUGUUGAGCCCAUAAAAGCUGUCAGGGAACUGUCUAUAGGUAUGGUUCAAGACAAUGAGCGUUAAAGCUAUCUUUGUGUGAUCUUGAUAUAAUUACACGUGACGAAACUGAAACAAAAGAAAAGAAGAAGAAUAUAAGAAUUUAUUAGAUUGGUUUAUUGAACAGACAAGAAAACAUGCAGCUUUCUGUUGGUUUAGCUUGUGAAAACAGCUGACUCCCCUGAUUCUUCGCUGCCAGUUAUGUUUCACCAGGAGGAAAAUUUGUGCCUCAGCACCAGAAAUUCCAUACUGAUGACGUAAAUCAAUGUUUUUUGUCAUCAGUAUGGGCAAUUUUAUCUGAGGAGUGCCGCACAUACUGUGCAGUAUGAAACUAAGUAGUAAUAAAAAUCUUAAGUCAUAUCUCACGUUGACAUCAGAUAACAAGAGAUAGGCAUGCAUAUGUAUCAACUGUCCCUUAUAUAGGCUAUACAGGAAUGUGCCGUGCCAAAGGUUAUGGUUUUUUAGCCGUUUUGGUCUGAAAUAGGGAUCAAUUUCGACCAUUUUGGUCUGAAAUAGGGUACGGUUUGUGCACUUUAGUCUUGAAUUGGGUAUGUCUUUUAGAAGAAUUAGCUACUUCAUUAUCAUUUGGCAAUAAGACCAUUUCCCUUUUAGUGUUUACACCAACUAUCGUGUAUGUGCCGUAACAGCUUGUCACAUGCUCCAGUCAUGCGCCAGGCUCCAGGGCGUUAGGUCUGAAAUAGGGUAGGGAAAAUCACAGAUUUUGGUCUGAAAUAGGGCAAGGGUUUCAGGAAGUGUGCCGCACACCCCCAACCAGUUUUUCUGGAAGUACCCCCCCAGCCCCCCCAGAAUUUUUGGUCAUAUUUAGGACACAAAAGGCAGGUCAUUGUGCCAGGCAUUCCUUUCAGAGACCGUGGAAACUGGGACUAAGAAUUGUUGAGUGAUCAAAGUCACGCAUGUUUUGCGAAGAAAGCUUAGGAAAGAAUAAAUUUAGAGCUUUCCCGAAACGUGUUGGUCCACCAAUUCUGUCGCUUGAAAGUGUUGAUUACUUUGAAGCAAGUGAACACUACUGAUUGCUCAAAAAAAAGGAAGAAUCUUAAUCAGCAAAAUUGCGAUGGUCAGGUUCUGUAAACCUUCACUUUAUGCAAAUGAGUCUUGUGAUGAACAUGCGUUUUAUUUUUGGUGAUUGAAAUGACGUGCCAUGUAGAUCACUUUUUCAAUAUCUGGCAAUGAUGUAAUUUCUCUGGAAUCGAGGCAGUUGAAUUUUCAUAUAUUUAUUCACUCGUAUAGGCUGCUACCCGGCGCAGAGGUAUUUUUGGUCGUCACUAACACGUGUACUAAAUCAAUUCAGAAACAAAUAAAAAGUAUCGAUGUCGAUAAAGUAGGAAGUAAAAAACCUUUAGCUGGUAAAUCAUGUUUCUUCUAGAAUUAAUCACCUUUCUCAAUCGUAUCUCCAAGCAGGGGAGACCUGAAUGCCACUGUAAGCGUGUUCUUGUUCACUGUAAAAAGCAACAGUUGCAGUUCUUCAGUUAAGGUUAUGUAAAGGAAAUUGACCCUCUUAAGCUAAGCAUAUCUUGCCAGUGCAUUCCAGCAAUAAUUUUCUGAAGCUGACUUUCUUCCAAAUUUAUAACUUAAGAAACUAGUAAUUAUUUAGUGUGAGUAAAGUUUGCACAAACACCUUAAAUUUUUGAAAAAGUUGUGGCCUAUUUUUCAAGUUAAGAACAUUAAAAUGUCAACUUUUUGUGUGUAUUUUUUUUUUUUUUUUCAUUAGAGACCCAAACUAUGAGGGACCAGCUGGAGACAAUCAGAAGCAACAGUGACAACUUGUCACGUUUGGCAGGCGAUUUGGAUACAGGGCUAACUACUGCUAGGAAGAAUUUGACUGAAGUCCUGGCUGAUUGCAGCUCAUUUUCCAGUCCUCAACUGUCUUGCAGCAGUAUCAACGUAGCGAACUUGGCUGCUGAUGCUAAUUUUACCAACCUUCCAAAUAUCUCCAGUGAACUCCAAAGCAUUGAGGAUGUUGUCAAUCAGGACUUUGAAAAGUCAGCACAGGAAGUAAGACUUACAAUCCGUGGAAGUUAAAGCUGUCUAUCUAUUUUAGAUUUCAAUUAAUUAAAAUGACUGUAGUAAAAUUUAGGAGUUGACCGGUCAAUGUACAUGUAAUAUACCUGCCAACUCUCACUUAUAAUCUGUAAAAACUUCGAUCUCACGCCCGCUCACGCCUGCGGACCAAAGCACGCCUGAUUGAAAAAUGUGAGUUGUUGCCGCCUUUGCUUGACACAAUUUCCAAAAAUUAAUUAAGACCCAUGUCCAUGUGUAAAAUGAAUAAAUGACAAUACCUUCCUCGGGAUUGAUUUUGUGGAUAAGUCAUAACUUCGCCGCAGAUGUACUUCCAAGAUGUUAAUCUAAAUGAUCGUUAACUGGAUAAAAAUCUCACGCCUACAUCUCAGAAAAAGUUGGCAGGUAUAAUGUAAUUGUGUUAAUGUAAUCUGAAGUAACUGUACUGUAACUUAUGAAUAAUUGAUUUUUAAUUUAUUGGUGAUGAUACCCGAAGAAAAGAAUCUCUGUCUCAAUUUUGUCUACUCAUCAUUUUACUGUUUUCUUGACAGGGUCUUAAAGAGGUGACAAAUAUUCCACAAAAAGUGAUAAAUGAAACAAGAGGGACAAGAGCAGGUGAGCAGCAAACAUGAAAUACCACAACAUGCCAUUUACAUAUACAUAUAUAAGCCUACCCAGAUUUAGGUGCACAACUCUUAACGAACCCAAUCAAAAUGAAAUUAGCAUGUGGCAAGAAAUUUUUGUGGGUUUUAAUUUUUGAAAUAUUUGCGAUUUUUUCAGCAAACCGCAAAAAUAAGUUCCCGCAAAUAAAAAUUAGCACAAACAUUUCUCCCGCAAAAAUUUACUCUGGAGUAAAUAUUCUCUUACUAACUUAAAUCCACUACACAAAAAUACAGUACUAAGAAAACGUGUCUGUUCAAUAAUACAACUUGCCUCUUUCAUUCAGAAACAAAACUGUACACAAUGAAUUACUGGUUUUACAUAGGGUAUGCAUACCGUAGUAUUGUUUUAAAAUAUGUAUUUCUAUUGCAUGUACUUAACAAUAAUGAAAAUAUUUUCAAUGCUGGGUACUGGGUACUUUCUGAAAAUCGCAAAAAUUAAUUCCCAGCAAGAAAAACCAAUCUGUUUUUAUCGCAAAAAUUAGUUCCCGCAAAACACAAAAAAUUACCAAUCUGCAAAAGUAAACUCCCACAAAAAUUUCCUGCCACACAGUAACAAAGAAGUUGUAUGAACCCAGAGCAGUCAAUAGUUGGUUCAGCCUGGUGACUUAUCAUACUAUAAUUCUGAUUCUUUGUCCCAACAAACAAGGGUGGGCCAAGUGUUUUGCUGGUUCUCAAGUGAGCAAGGCAAAAAAACCAAUAGUCCAUUUAAUGAAAGUUUAAUACUGUUGUAAUAGCUGUAGAGACUAAAAAUGAUAGUCACACUUUAAACUUACAUUUGCAAAGUUUUAUAGAUGAAUAGACUAUUUGCGUAAUGGCAUUAUUGUACUACUAGCACCAGAAUGAUUUAGAUAAUGAAAAGAAAACCAAAAAGGAUUCUGGUAGUAGUAGUAGUAGUAGUAGCAGUAGCAGUAGCAGUAGCAGUAGGCGACAGCUGCAGUGAAGCAGUAAGGUCGGUACACACUAGGCGACAAGUUGCUGCAACACAUCGUGGUGACAGAUCAAUCCAUGUGUACAGGGCGGGCUACUAGUUGCAGCAACAAGGUGAGGCGACACGUCGCAGCGACAAAUCACUUCAUGUGCACUGGAGAAUUUUUGUGAAAAUCUUUGUCUCUGCAACAGAAUUUUGUCUCUGCGACAAGUCACAAAAAAUCAAAUCAGACUGAAUCUGUGGGGCUUGUUGUGGCGACAAAUUCUGUUGCAGCGACAAAGAUUUUCACAAAACUUUUCCAGUACAGACAAAGCGAUUUGUAGCUGCAACAUGUCACGGCGACAUGUUGCUGCAACUUGUCGCCUAGUGUGUACCAACCUGUAGUAGUAAAAUGACUCCAUCAUACAAAUGGCCUAUCGAAAGCAAGCUUUUCAAAUUUUAUGCAGUUAAGAAUUCAAGGCACACAUUAGGUCAGUCACAAUGCUCUUUCAUGCUCUUACACUCUAUGCUCAUAUAAUAAAUUUUAAAAAAAAUAGUAACUUGCAGAAGUGCUGCUUAAAACAUUGUGUUCAUUAGAAUUGUCACCUCUUAUGACUUCAUCAAGACUGCUCUCUGCAACUGUUAUCGAGGUGGUGCCCUCUUAGGGGGGUUCAUUGUACCUAGGUCCCUCAUCUGAAUUGAAUUUCAAGCCCAUUGCUUCAUGUAUUGAGGAGGAAGCCAUGUCACUGUCAGUAUUAUUAUAUCUAUUUGUGCUUUUCUUUCCUUCAAUGUUGCAGUUUAAACCUUUUCUUGCCAUUUGUAGUUACUUCUGCUGUCUUAUGUCAUUGUUUCAAGGCCACAUUGCUUGUCGGAAUCCUCUGGUGUAAAGCCACAAGUGAUAUCUGAUAAACUGCUAGAUUUUCCUUGCAACUUCCCCGUAUUACUUGCAAAUCAAAGGGGGAAUGUGGUAUUAGUUCAGGGUUCAUUUAGGGCCUUCCACGUUUAUUUGUACCCCUUCAACUCAUAAUUGAAGUGAAUGGAAUAGCACAUUUCACUAAAUGCUUUCAGAAGUCUUAACUUGUUUUUAAUGUUAUUUUCCUAUUUUUGUUUGUGACCCAUAUUAGAUAUAAAUCAGAGGAUAAGCAACGCGUCAGACUCUAUACAGAAAAUAAGGAAUGAUAUGAGAAAAAUAGCAGAUGAUGUAAGUGAAGUGGUAGCUAAUACUUCAAUAUUUUUAUUGCAUUCAAAUUUGCACCAUGAAUUCCAGAAUACAUGGUACAGUAAAUACAUUCUUCACUACAAUUUAACUGGACUAACGUUUUUGUUCAUAGUAGGAAUUACCUACUUACAAAAACAAUUCAGUGAAAUUCACCAAUUUGGCGACCUUUCUUCGACGGACUUGUCCCAAGCCAUAGUUUUUGUUGUGUUUAUGGUCUCUUUAAAGCUAAACUAAGAUAAGCAUUUGUGUGAAAUAGUGUUUAUGCUCCAUUUUCUACAUAAUUCAUCCCUUUUACCCUGGAUGUUCAGGUACAUGUAUUAAGACUUGAGGCAUUGUCUGUUCCUCGAAAUUCAAUAAUAAAUGCAAAAUAAUGUAGUCAGGGAGACAUUUUUUUUUAAUUCAAGCUCCCGUGUGGUAUUGCACAAACUGUCCUUUUUUGUUCUGGUCACUAAUAUGCUAUGUCUGGUUACCAUUCCAUAAUUUCUGGUGGCCAAAAAGUAACUUUGAAAAAAGUAGAGCUUGGAGCACUGCAAUUUGUUAGAAAGGAAAGAAAAUGUUUGUCCAUUACCGUUGUAAAUGACCUUUUUGUGUGUGUACAUUAUAUUGAAAGGAUGUUAUUGACAAAUUAAAGAACUAUAGAGAUGCAGAUGUACCAAACAUCCAGAAAGAUGCUGAAACAUAUGACAAGUAUCGGUAAGAAAUGCCUCGUCUUUUUCAGUAAUAAUUGUAUCUUUUGUUUGUUAACAUUAUUAAUAUACAAGUCUAGGUGCCAUUUUGCACUGAGGCCUCUAAUUGGUUUCAGUGUCAAUUUAGAUACAUGUACAAGCCACAUUAGACUCUAGGAAUUCGUGUUUGCAUUCUGACCAUGCGUAUUUUAAUCCUCUGUCACAUGAAACUUACACAAAGCCACAGCUCUGAAGCAAGAGAAUUCCAUGGCAUCAAUCUCGCCAGCACUCCCUAGCCUUUGUUAUUACUAGUAGGAUCACAGGACUGAGUGGAGUUGCAUACUGUCUAAUUACUUAGGCAUGAUGCAUACUGUCCUAUUACACUGUCCUAUUAAUGCUGAGAUCAAGACAGCUGAUAGCCAAUUGGAUUUGAGGAUUUUGGUAUAGAACUUUAUGAUUAAUCAUGCACCUUUUCCAUUUAGAUGGAUAGCUGGUGUUGCUCUGACAUGCUUCCUACUUUUGAUCGUGGUGCUGAUGGCCCUUGGUCUGAUGUGUGGUGUUUGUGGCCAUGAUAAGGAGGCUACUCCUACCGUUCGAGGAACAGUUUCGAACAUGGGUGGUCUUUCCCUCAUGGCGUAAGUUAACCUCUUUCCAUGUUAAGAUUUAACUUAGAAAACUUUGAGCACCACAAAUUAUUAUUUCUUGCAUGUAAUAAAGAGGAAGAAGCUAACCAGACUUAAAAUAACGGGAGAACUGUUUAGUUUAUUCGAAAACAGCAUCUUCCUUUUGAUUUCUGUUGUUACUGCAAUUAAUAUUGUAAUUUUUAUGACCCCCAAUAUUUUAUCAAAUGACUAAAAUGGACAAAGAAGUCAGUUUCUAGAAUGAAUAUGCUAUGAAUAUUGUGUAUGAAUAGUGAUUAUGAUUACAUUAAUUUUUGUUGUUUAUUUUCAUGUGAUGUGGACUGAAUUGACAUUCACAUUAUAUUUAAGUAUUAUCAUUGAAAACAACAUAGGAACAGCAGUUUUUUUUUUUUCAUUUACUGUGAUACAGUCAAACAUCUAUUAACCCUUUAAGCCCCAAUGUCCACAUAUAAAUUCUCCAUACUGAUCUUCAUACAUUUCUUAAAAGAAUUAGUUGAGAGAGUUUAAUAGCAGAUCAAAGCAUUUUCUCUUUAGUGAUCAUUUUAUUGAGCUAUUUUGAAAAAAUAGCUCAUAUGUCAGUGGUGUGAGCGUAUGUAUCUUUGUGGCUUUGUAUCUUUGUAUCUUUGUAACUUUGUAACUUUGUAACUUUGUAUCUUUGUAACUUUGUAUGUUCGGAUGUUUGUUGCAAGAGCCAAUGAGGUUGAAGGUACUAUGAGUUGAUGCUAAGGAACCAAUGAAAUCUUGGCAUCUACUUAAAAAUCACAUCGCUAAAGGUCGAACAAGGGCACUUUAAGACCGCCAUCUUGAUUCUUUACAAUUUGUUCGUCUUUUAUUACGGCUACAGGUGUUUAUAAAACAUUAUAUUAAAUAUCUUCAUGAUUCAAACGCUGUGUACAGUGAUGCAGCUGUUUAAGGGUUCAUAUUUUAGUGUGGAUGCUACUUCAAGACAUUUCUGACCGAAUUCGGCUAUCGCGAACGGUACCACGCACGUAUUUAUGAGUUGUGUUUCACCUGCUUCAAGGUAGAGUAUAAACGAUCAUAUAUUUUCAAAGCUCUUCCAGUGAAGCAAUAAUUGAUAUUUAGAUAUGGACUUUAAUUCGAAAGUAUGCGGCCUAUAAAAUGUGGUUUUAGAAGUUUGAAAAGCAGCUUAUUUUUUUAAAAGCUGUACCGAGUAUUGUUAAUCCUGUAAACAAGCUGUAGAAAUAUUAUUCUCUCGCUUACAAAGUUCAACAGACCUUUUUCGUUCCGGCAAAACAACAACAAAAAGGAAUAAUAAGUGAACAACAUGAUACAUCCUUCCUGCAUACUAAGCAUUAUAGUUAUUGAAACGUAUUUUAUUUAGUAAAGAUGCGUAUAAACUUACGUAGAAACAGUAGCGUUAGGGAAUAAAAUUGGAAGAAGCUAGUUGACACAAUAAUUAGGUACUGCUUUAUUGAGUGGAGUAACAUGAUAUGAGCAGAAAUAUAUUUCGGCAGUUUGAUAAUUUUCUUGGAAGUUAAUAAAUGUUAGGCUAUCAACCUUGACGUUGCAUGAAACAUAAUUUAAUUGCAGAUGUUGCAAUAAGGCCGAGGUGAUUUCUUAAAAUCGCUUGAGAAAAUUUUGUAGUAAACAAUUUGCGUUUUUUUUUAAGUACGAAUUGUAAAAGGGCCAAAGACCAACAUCUUCACAUGCAAAUCGUGUGCAUGAGUUAUUUUUAUAAUUCUGUUUACUCGAUUACUGUGUGAUAACUCGAAUUCCCUCACGUACGAACCACGGAAGGGGGCAAAGUCCAACACUUUCACGUGCCAUCUGUGUGACUGUACAUCUCAUGCAGAUUGGCUUUUCACAAUAGUAACAGUGACUUGAACGUAUAAAGACCUGUUUAGUUUAGUAACCAAUGCCGUAAAAAAGGCUCUUGUCUUUUAAGAAGCAAUAGCUUUUAAAACAUGAAGAAAUAAGUUGUCGGAGUUAAAGACUGUCUCACAAAUGUUAAUAAAUGUUAGGUUAUCAACCUUGACGUUGCAUGAAACAUAAUUUAAUUGAAGAUGUUGUAAUGAAGCCGAGGUGAUUUCUUAAAAUCGCUUGAGAAAAUUUUGUAGUAAACAAUUUGCCUUUUUUUUAACAUACGAAUUGUAAAAGGGCCAAAGACCAACAUCUUCACGUGCAAAUUGUGUGCAAGAGUUAUUUUUAUAAUUCUGUUUACUAGUUUAUUGUGUGAUAACUCGAAUUCCCUCACGUACGAACCACGAAAGGGGACAAAGUCCAACUCUUUCACGUGCCAGCUGUGUGACUGUACAUCUCAUGCAGAUUGGCUUUUCACAAUAAUAAAUAGUAACUUGGACGUAUGAAGACCUGUUUCGUUUUGUAACCAAUGCCUUAAAAAAGGCUCUUGCCUUUUAAGAAGCAAUAGCUUUUAAAACAUGAAGAAAUAAGUUGUCGGAGUUAAAGACUGUUUCACUGAGUAGAAUCGCACGUGAAAACCUCGUGAAUUAUGAUGACGCAACCAUCUACCUCAAUGAUAAAAAUCCUGGUAUUUCGUAACUAUUCAGUAUUCGAUGAGUCACAUUUUGGCUUAAGAAACUCCGAGGAAACCUUAGAGUUUUCCUUCUAAUCAACGUUUGGUGAGUAGAAAUUUAUUUUACUUUAGCAAUUUGUUUAACUUGCACCAGAUGUAACUGGGAAAGACAGAGGAAAGUGAAUACAUAGGUUGAGGAUCGACUCAGCUGAGCGUUUCGCGUUUUCAUUUAUGUAGCGCAAUACGCAAUUUCGCACAAAAACCAAAUCUACAUUUAGGAUGAAAAAGGUAGAUUCAUCACUCUUGGUAAGGUUACACCGAAGUAUUAUAGUUACACUGAAGCAUUCAAAAUAGCUCAUGCACGUUGAACGUGCCUAUGUUUAACUCUCAUAACCAUUCCUUUUGGCAACAUAUGGAUAUUGUUAGGACAAAAUUGAUGUUGGUCACUGUUGGGACUUAAAGGGUUAAGGUUAGCAGAUACCUUCAGGGGUCAGGGUACGCCAAAACCUAUGUCCGAUUGUCUGGGACAGGUAGAAAUUUAGUUCGGACAUGUAAACCUUUGACAUGACUUGUCCGUGGGACAAGCACAUUUUUAAUUAGAAAAAAAAUAAAGAAACAGUUGAAAAUUGUCUUCAAAUUACAACAGAAUUAAAAUUGAUCUUGAAAGUCAUAAAAGCAAACCCUUGACAAAAUAAGGUUAAAUAUUCCAUUUAACUUCGCCAUUCCAUGGUCAUUUCAUUUGUUUUUACGAGCUCCAUUUUGAGUUAAAGUCAAAAACAAUUUACAAGGGUGAUAAUGUGAUUAAAACAUCAAAUGCCCAAUUUUUUUUUGAGUUUUGGGUUUGGAGCUAAACUUUUUGGACAAGAAAUCUUCGGUCUCGGACAACCAAAUUUUAUAUAGUGCUUGUUCGAAGGACAAGUAGACAGGAAAAUUUUUCUCUUACUCUGGGAGUGUCUCCCAUCUACACUGUAUGUCGUGGAUUCCAGUCAAACUGCAGAUACCUAAAACCCUUAACAAUUAAUUAAAGCUUAUUUAACUGGGUAUCUCAAUAAACCAACAAGUUUAUAAAACCUUGCAUUGUUGAUUUUUUGAUGAUUUGUUAACGUGAACCAGCUUUCAAAAGCUAUAACUCAAAGCGAUUUUUGUCUUUUGUGUGAGCUGGAUACUCAUACUAAAAUGCCUCUCAACAAAAAAGUAUUACAAAACAAAAAUAUCCUGACGCGUUUUUGCAUAUAAAUCUUAAAUUAUGUAAGUGACAUCUCUUAAAAUUCUAGGUCAAUCAAACAAAUUCUUUUUGAGUUUUAGCUUUGGUAGAUUUAUUAAAAGCAACAUGGCUUUGUUUAAGUUGUUUCUGAUACUUGGUUUCUCAAAAUGUGUUCACUUUGUUUCUAGGGCUGCUGGAUUUUGCUUUAUUUUUGCAUCAUUAUUGAUGUUACUGACAACAAUCUGUUUUAUCAUUGGAGCUCCAGCGCAAGCUGUCUGCUCAAGUGUUCUAUCUGGAGAGCUGUAUAAAGAGGUUUGUGAAAUCAAUUCUUGAUAACUGUGUUUUUUUCACCAAGUGCAAGGCUACGAUCACUGACUACCAUAAUCAGCUAGCUUAAGCAAUAACGACGGCAAUAGCUACAAAAAUGUCUCUUAAAAAUUUAAUCUUUACCAGACUUACUCCAUCUCGUUCAAUUCGUCAAAUGUUGGCAAUUUUUUCUGAAGUUGAAUUCUAAAAGACUGUAAAAGGCUUGGUGGUUUUUUGUUGCACAUCAAUAAAAGGUAUUUCUGUAAAUGAAAAUACUAGUUUGUUACCCUUAGACUGCAAUUAUUUUCUAAGGAAAUUCUUCUUUCACCCUGCUUUUACUGACUAUUGCUUUUAAGGACACUGACUUAAGCUCCUAAGGGUGCUAAUGGGAGCCGCUGUACAUGUACACUUAAGGGUCAUUCCCACAAACUUGGCAACAACAUCACUCUUUUUAAACCAACUUCAACUCACUGAAGAUUGUAUUUCUAGGUUAUAGAUAAGCCAUCAUUCUGGGGUACUGAUGGAAACCCAUUAUCAAAAGCCAUCUUUCAAGACUCAAAUAUUGAAUUUUCAAUUGGGAGUUUCAUUGAGUAAGUAUAUAUGAGUAAUAUUGUAUUUCAGGAGAUAUUAGGGAGCUUUAACAACCAUGACAGCAAGGAGAGACAAAACAUCACUUAUAUACUGGGCUUGAGUCAACAGGAACCACAUCCAAGUUAAGAAAGCUAAAGAAAACUUUAGCACCACAAACAAUACACAACAAAUGUGAAAAUUUGACUUGCAGAUUUGAAUGACAGUGAGUCUCCUCUUAUUUUUGCUAACACCUCUUAUGGGAGUGUGUCAAGUAAAGUCUCAACAGCAAGUGCAAUUCCCAAAACUGAAAAGUUGUUUUGCUAACGGCUGAAUUAAAAGCCAGCUUGGCUGAAUAGUUUUGCUUUUAUUUUUGAAAUAGUGGCUGUUACAUGGCUGAAACAUGGCUGAAACAUGUUUGAAAAGGAUUAUUUACUUACUGAUCAAGGGUUUGGAAUGCUAUUAAUAUUUGUAGCUGUUUUAAUUAGUUGUUAACACAAUGCAUUGUUAUAUAUCUUUCUCUAGCAACUGUCGACAGAACAUGCCACUCUAUAAAGCAGCUCAAUUUGACCGAGCAUUCAAUGUCACAAAAAAACUUGAUAUCGAAGAGGUGAGACUCUGCAAAUUAUUGUAGGUCCCAAGGUUAAUAGUUCACUACAAAUAUUUUAUAAUAAUGCUGUCUGAUAUUAUGUGGAUUGACAUGCUUCCAAAACAUUGGGCAAAAUAAACAACUUUUUCAAUGCGGUGAUUCAGUAUUUCCUUUUUUAAACAUUUUUACCUUGUAAAGUACAGUAUAGUAUUUUUAAUGCAUCGGUCAAUUCCACCUGCGCCCAGCUUUACGUACAGCAGUCUAUUAAUUUUAAUGUCAAUAAUUUUAUAUUAAUACUAAAACCAUAAACUGGUGCAUGUUGUCGCGGCGUGAAGUCUUAGUUAGAAUCCUAGCGCUAUUACAAAGGAAGACGUUAAUUGAAACAAAAAUCGCACAUUAAAAUGCUUAAAAUGGCACUAUUCGACUGUGCGAUCAAUGAAAAAUGUUGCAGUGUUGAUGGAGGACGGGGCAUUUGCCCUCUUUUUUCUUCUCCACCCAGGGGGAUUUGACAAUUCAAGAGUCCCCACCCCCUUGAAUUUGCCAUCUAAGGCAAAAAAAAUGCUAAAUAAUGUUUCUUUUUUUUGGCUUCAUUAGCUUCUUGGAAAUCAAAGUACCCAGGAAUUUGACAAGUUGAAUGUCAACUUAAGUGACGUGAACAUAUUGUCCAACGAAACCCGUAAUAGCCUGAUUGAUUUACGGCAGUCAGGAGUGGAUGAAAUUGACUUUGAUGCUUUCUUGAAUGAGGUGAUGAUAUUUUGUAGUGAAUUUUCCUCUAACCAAUUUGUACAGUAGUCACUUUCCCCUUCCCCUUAGAAGGGUUUUGUUGUAUGAAACCCCCUUCCCUGUGGAAGUCUUUGACAACCCCUACCCACUUCUGAGGGAAGAUUGUACAUGUGGUUCUUUUCUGGCGGCCUGGGUGCAAAUCCUCGAACCUAUGCCAUAGUGGGUUGAAUUUCUUGUUCCUUGCGCCAAAGAUUUUUCUUUGGGCAUCCCGGUUUUCCCCAGAUUCUAAUUAGAUCAGGAAUGGUAGACGGGCAACCACGCAGUGGAUUUGUUUUGUCUAAAUCUAAAUUUAUUUAUUGACAUGUACAGAAGGUUGGGUUGAGAUCAAGUUAUUGGAUCAAAAUACCUCCUCAGUCCAGCCUCUAAUACGAAAAUCUUAGCGCCACAACCAUCCAGCCUAUCUGUUUGGCUUGUUCUGAAACACUAUUAGAAUCAAAUGGCAAAUAGCUGGAUGUUCCUUUAAGCUACCUUUAUUUUAUAAAAUGGAGUUGAGUUACUAUGACCCCUGAGUUCAUAGCUAACAUGUUGCAAGAAGAAUUCCACAUAUUGUACUCACCUUUCGUUCAAACGAAGGACAAUACUUUUUUUUCAGGCUUUGUUUUCGCAACAGCAUAAGUUGCAUCUUUAACUGCGAUGAUCUUCUUUGCAUUUAUUUCUUCAUUCUGCCGUUCCAUUAUUAUUAGAUUCAUAUAUUCAUCAUUUCAGCUUCAUCAUUCCCAGUUGUAUCACGAACCAAUUAAUGACCAGCUCCUGGUUGCCUUGAAGGUCAAUUGGUUACAGCAUUGCACUGGUACUGUAGAGGUCAGGGAUCGAAUCUUGGCAAGCCUGAAUUUUUUAAGGCUUUCUUUCCGCAACUGCAUAAGUUGCAUCUUUAACUGCGAUGAUCUUGUUUGCAUUUAUUUCUUCAUUUCACAAUUCCAAAACAUUAGAUUCAUAUAUUCAUCAUUUCAUCUGCAUCUUUCUCAGAUGUAUCACGAACCGAUUAAAUGACCAGCUGCCAGCUGCCUUGUAGCUCAAUUUGUUAGAGCAUUGCACUGGUAUUGCAGAGGUCAGGGUUUGAAUCCCAGCAAGCCUGAAUUUCUUCAGGCUUUCUUUCCCGAACUGCAUAAGUUGCAUUAUUAACUGUGAUGAUCUUCUUUGUAUUAAUAUUGAUAACAGUAUCCUUCUUAGCCCUUCUAGGACUCUUUAUUUAAAACCUUUAGCAAAACGUGACUCUAAGUAUUUUUUUUAUCAUUUCAGACAAGGAAAGGCAUUACUACAGUUGAUCUCCGAGAAUUUGCCGAUAGUGUCCAUAACCUUUCCACCCAGUUUCAAACCCUAGGCAAAAACCUGUCAGGAAAUGAUCAAGCCAAUGCUUUCGUAAGUAUAGGGGUUCCUCUUCUUUUAAUUUUACCUUUCAUUGCUUCAGGGCAGAAAAAAGCAAAGGUUCGAUUGCCCAGGGGAAGUAAAUUUUGAUGUUGGGCGCGUAAAAAUAGGUAUUUGGUGGCCCAUUGGGCAAGUAAAAUAAACCUUAGGGGUCCAGUGAGUAGGCUUUGCCUAAAACCUGGAAUCCAGAAUCCGGAAAAAAAAACACAUGUGAGGUCGACUUGUAGCAAGUCUAAAUGCCGAAUGACUGUGGAGUUUAGUGAUCAGGGUUAGGAAACUGAGUGAAUCAAGUUUCAGGUCAGUUUGCUCAGUAUAAUGACCCUAAAUAGAACCUGAUUCACUCAGUUUCCUUAAACUUCAGAGUCAUUCAGUGUUCAGAGUAAGUUUUUUCCAGAUUCCAGGUUUUAGGCAAACCACUGUGAGUAUGUCUUGAAAGUGUUGGUCAGGUAAAUGAUAACUUCCAGACAAAAACUAUGUCAAAACUGAAGACUGCAAGAUGAGUGACACAAUUAUUUAAAAGGAUGAAUCAAUUUAAAAUCCAAGAGCACGUUUGCUUGCUCAUGUUACUCAUCCAAUCACCAUAUUAGUCAAUUCCAGUAGCUUACUCUGCAUAUGGCACAGCAUUUAAGUACUAGUAAUCUUAUACGCUUUGUUACAAUCUAUAACUUAUUAGACAGUACCUUAGAACUAUGAAUGAUAAGGCAUUGUGUUCACUUCGGGCAACUAAUAUAUUUAAGUGGGGGCAAGUGAAAAGUUAAAUUUACUUUCCCACUGGGCAAGUGGAUUUUAAUUUUUUUUCUUGCCGUGCAGCUUUCUUUGAAAAAAAGAAAUUAAUUUACACGAAAUGCAGAUUGGACUUAUCAGUGGACAAACUUUUAUCUGAUUCCAAUCCACUCUGUGUAUAACUUUGCGCAUUGUAUAACGCGGGGAGAUCACUGCUUCAAGAGUUUAACUUUUGGUCGAGGUUUGUGAGUUUGAGUCUCACCUGGAGCUCGGAAUUUUUCCCAAGCUUUCUGGUGUUUGAUUCCUCUUUCUUCAAAAUUACAUCAGCAGAAAAGAUGGCCUGGUGAAGAGCUCAUGAAAUGUACACAGUAUAUCUUUGACUGAUGUUAAAUGUAUAUUGAUAGAAACUAAAUUACACUUUAGGUUACAGGAUGUGUGGUGGCCAAUUUAGCAUACACUCUUUUUAAUACCAGUAGUUACACUUAUUUGAGGCAGGGGGACCCACACAGACAUUAACAUAGAAGCGAGUCGGUCAUAGAUCUAGUGAUGUGAUCGACAUCACAGGGGUCGUGUGCGUGAAGUGGGGGUGGGACUGCUAUGGGUCUGUUGACCUGCCCCUUUUAAGUGAGGCAAAACCUGAUUAAAAUGCGGUAAAUUCUGUUGACAUUUUUCUUUCCCAUAUUUUAUUUGUAGAGACUUGGAAACAGAUCAGAAGCUAUUGCUCGAGACCUGCGUCUUCUACAUAACAACACUGUAGCAGUCAUGGAGGCACAGUCCGUAAGUGAGCAAAUAGUACAAAUGAUCGAUAUAUUUUAGAAAGAUUAGUUCAGUGAGUGACUCAGGUGGCUUGAUUUUUUUUCUUCCGAUCCGCCUGUGUCACUGACUGAUUAGUCUGUUCCAGGCUCUCAGAUAGUAGAGAUGACACCUAAGUGCCCUGGGUACCAGAGGUUUUUCUCGCGUGCGGCGGGAAUUUUCGGUGUUGGCCGAAGGCUGACACUUGACAGAAACCGGAAACCGCGCUUCAAAAGUCUCUGGCACCCAGGGUAACGCCUAAGUGAAAGGCAUGCGAAAAUAGGAGCGCGUGAUCUAGUAGAGGGGGGCGGUGGCGGCGAAAAGGAAGAGAGAGAGUUGUGAGAAAAGGAAAAAAAAAACAUUUUUUUGUGUAUUCACCAGGCUUAAAAUUCACCGUCACAUUUCUAUAAUAGGGUAGCCUGUAAGCAAGCUCCCCUGGGGUUCCCGGGGAUUGCUCGAAGGCUAAUCGUGGAACGUGGAACUGCUUCUCCAAUUCCCUUGUGAGGUGUUUUUUGUUGCCAUUAACUUGACCAUUUGCUUAUGAGGGUGACCUUUUUGUCACACCAUAUAAUGAUGACCGUUUUGAUGAUGGUGUUAUUGUUUAUUUGAAUUCUUUUACUCUUUUAAAGAAAGCAUUAGACGACAAUGUAAGAGGCCUGCGUACUAUUGGAUCCAACCUUAAGGUACUAUAAGUACAUAAUGUAUAGACAGACAUAAUUUGACCUACCUACUGUAAAUCCUCUAUUAAGCCCCCCCCCUUCUCAAAGAAGCCCCCCUUUUCAGGGUAGUAAAAUCAAUAAGCCCCCCCUCCCCUCCCCUAGUUAUUGUUCACGAAUAAAUGACAGACUAUAUAAAUCAAUCACGGCUGUAAAACUUUUCGUGUGGACUUAUCCUGAAUGGUUUAUUUACCAAGUGGAAGUUCGGAUUUGUUUUUUAUCCUCGGCUGCUGGACCUCCAACCUUCUUGUACUUGAGCUUUUCCACUUUGUAUUCUAGUUCUUUAUGGAGAACUGAUACCAUCAUCAUCACCCCCAAAUGGUCAAAUGGGCUUGAAAAAAAUUAGCUCCCCGGGGGGCUUAAUAGAGGAUUUACGGAAGUGAAAGACAUUAGAGUGAUUUUACUUAACUCGUGAAAUAGGUGGUAGAAUACUACGCACUACCAUGCACUAAUUCCAUUGUCUUCCUUUGUUUACUUGUUGCUAUUUUGUACUAGACUGCGAGCAGUCUCUUAUUUGUCUUUGCAAAGUUACUGCGCGCGAAACCUAAGCACGCGAGUGGCGAAUUACGCCGCGAGCCGCGAGAAAUGACGGCGUAAGACCGGGAAGAAAAAAUAAGAAAAACAACGUCGUGGUUUACAAUCGCGCUGGAUGAGAUAAGAACUAGACGGAUUUUAAGAGAAAAGGUGGGCUGAAAGCAGUCUAAUUUUGUACUACUUGGUUGUAUCUAUUUCACGGGUCAAGUAAAAUCACUCUAUCCUACUCCAAAUACUCUACUCCAGUAGGUGUUGGGGUAGUGGUGUGCCUCCCGGCGAGGCAUGAUGGCCGCCGUGAUGGUUAUAUGCAUUCCAUCAUGUGUGAGGCAACUGUUAUUAUUACAAUAAUGAGUUGAGUUUUUCAGCUAAAUAUGAAUCAAAUUCUUCGAGUAAACCGUGGUGAUGCUAGGUAAACAAAUUAAUCAACUGCACCUGAGUAGAUGCCUUUAUUAUAAAUAAUAUUAUUUGUGUUUUAUUCUUGUAGGAGAGGGCCAAUGACACGCUGAACAAGGCAGAGGAAGCAGAGACUUACCUUCACACUCAGUCAUCAGUUAAGAUGAACGAGGUUAGUAUUUUGGCGCGAGACACAGCGCAUAGGCUCUGCCUCUAACGUCACAGUUCAGAGACGUUUAAUAGAACAGAGAAUUUAAGAGCUACAGUUAAAGAGCAACGGUUAGACGAGCCAUAGAGGAAAUUCUUGUGACCAGGCCGAGAACAGUUUUGGCGGGAAUUUAUUUGUAGCGCGACACACCAGUUUGUCAUCACAAACAGAACUUUACUGGUGGAAUGGCGAUUUUAAUCCGUCUUGGGAAAGCAACUUUGAGGGGAAGAAACGCAAAAGAACUAAGUUGUUUAACUCUUUGAUUCAUGAAGGAAUACAAGAUAGUGAUGUACUUGCUGCACAGGCUGAAAUGUGGUUAACAAACACAAUACACACAAAAAGAAAUCAAAACUCGGCGCUUGAUUAACCCAGAGUUAAAGAGUUGUCUUAUCUCCUCAUAGGGUUCGUACGGGUUUUAGGAAACCUGGACAGUGGUGAAAUUUAAGAAUUUUCUUUUCUAGGCCUGAAAAAUCGUGGAAUUUAAUUGUCAGUCAUGGAAAGUCAUGGAAAAUUGAAUUUAUGUUUGGUAGAUUUGUUACUGCAGAUGUCAAAGUAAGGACAAAGAUGUAGACAAGUAAUUAAAUAGCGCGAACUGCACGCGUUUUGGUGGACGUCAGAGUUUGUGUCUGUUAAACUCAAAACAAGGAAAGUUUUGCAAAAAUGUUUUAAGGUCAUGGAAAAAGUCAUGGACAGUCAUGGAAUUUGAAGAGCCCAAAAGAGUACGAACGCAGGCUCUUUGUUUUGUACACGUAAUUAUAAUGUUUCCCUGGUAUUUUCAUUCCAGAUUGUUAGAAACUAUACUGACCGUGUGCUAGGUUGGGGUUAUCAAUUCACUGAUCAUGUUCUGGACGUGGUAAGUUGUCUGUUCUUGUGGUGUCCAAGUAUUCUCUGCCAUGCGUACGAUCACGUAGUUGUUCAUAGGCAUUUUACAAGCUAUGUAGGUAUAGAUGAUUUUGAACUAACAGGUAUUUACACCCGAACUCCAGCCAACGUCGUCAAGUUGGACUCUCUUAUUUAAAUAUAAUCGCUCGAAAUCUAUUGCUUGUGGUCGCCACCAGCCCGGAGAAUUCAUUUCAGUAUUUCUUUUGUUGUUCAGAGACCAUGCACAGUUCUAGCCAGCGAGUUCAUCUUGAUAAUUCUAGCAAAACGCUCACCCAAAAGUUGGGCGAAUCCUAGCCUGAAAUUCAUCCGAUUGCUUCGAGUCUCUCUCUUACUGAGGGAGUAACAACGAUUCGAAGUAAACGGAUGAAAUUCAGGCUAGGCGAAUCCCCGUGAUACUUCAGUCGUUUUUUUCAGUUUCAAGUUUAAUAACACUAUGCAGAGACCAAGUUUGGGCUGCACGUGGGGCCAAAAGUUGCAUGAAACCAACCGUCUUAGGAAACUUAAGCAACGGCAACGGCACAACUACGAAAACGUCACUUAAAAAGUGAAAUUGCGCUGCCUCAAACUUUACCGCGCUUAUUCCAUCUCGUUUAAUUCGCCAAAUAUUGACAAUUUUUUGUGGAGUUGAAUUCUAAAGGACUGUAUCAAAGUUCAGGAAAGGAAAAGGACUGUUGUUGUCUCGUGUUCCCGUCCUCGACAAAACGUGAAAUUACGCACUUUCAUGUUCUAGUCGUGCAACGACGGCAAAGAAAUGUACAAAAAAGCGUGAUGCACGUGCAAAGUUGUUGUUUUGCCAAUCUAAACCUAUUGCUGGUUUGCACGUGACGUCACGGCGGCCAUGUUGGGGGUCAAGAACAAAAGCAUUUCUCUCCUCUGGGAACUAAACUCUAUUUUCAUGUAAAUUCUUCGAGGAAAUAUUCUUUUGUUUUGACCCCCGACAUGGCCGCCUUGUCACGUGGUUGCAAACCAAGAAUUGCGUUAUUGCCGUUCUCGUUGACGUGGCCGUCGUCGUUGCUUAAGCUCCCUGUAAUGUCUACAGUUAACGUUAAGACUUUGACUCACUAGGGACUUUAAGAUCCAACGACGCAGACGGUAACGAGAACGUCAAAAAGACAAUAGGUUUGAUUUGCAAAACAACAACUUUGCACGUGCACCACGCUUUUUUGUACAUUUCUCUGCCCGUUUUUUUUUUCAACAUGCCUAAUUUCGCGUUUUACGGAGGACGUAAACAAGCAACGACAAAAUUUUAUUUCUCUUACUGUACUUGGAUAUUGUGCCUAGGAAUUCAACUCCAGGAGGGUUCGCCUACAUUUGACAAAGUAAGUGGGUAGGAAUAACUGCUAUAAAGACUGAAAGAACGCAAAUUCACUUUUUAAGCGACGUUCUUGUCGCCGUCGCGUCGUUGGAUCUUUAAGAGGGUUCGCCUACAUUUGACAAAGUAAGUGGGUAGGAAUAACUGCUAUAAAGACUGAAAGAACGCAAAUUCACUUUUUGCCGCUUGAAGCGACGUUCUUGUCGCCGUCGCGUCGUUGGAUCUUUAAGAAUUUCGCGUUUUUAUUAUCAGCCGACGGAGGACGUAAACAAGCAACGACAAAAUUUUAUUUCUCUUACUGUUCGGACGCUUGGAUAUUGUGCCUAGGAAUUCAACUCCAGGAGGGUUCCUUUCAUGCCUUUCUUUUUUUGACAAAGUAAGUGGUGUCAGGAUGAUAUUUGAUUUCCAGAGCUAAAACUUUCCGGAAUAACUGCUAUAAAGACUGAAAGAACGCAAAUUCACUUUUUAAGCGACGUUCUUGUCGCCGUCGCGUCGUUGGAUCUUUAAGUCCCUACUGACUAGUCUGAACGACAGACGUUGGCUGUUUAGACCGACUUUAAGAUGUAUGUAACUGGCAGCAAGUAAAGUACCCGGCACUUGUCUUUCAGCAUACCCCCCUUCACUGUUUUAUUACUGUCAGUUAGGUUGUGUUAAAUUUGAGCCAUUGCUUGUUUUUAAUUCUCAAGGUGAAUAACAAGCUGGCAAAAUGCAAGCCCAUCACAAAUAUUUACGAUGCAGCCCUUGUUGUUGUUUGCAAACAAGCUCUCUAUCCUUUUGUAAGUUAUUUGUUAGCCAGACUUGUAAACUGAUAGUUUUUAAGAUUACUUAGUGUGGCAUACAUGGCCUUAAGUUACUGGAGCAAAAUGUUUUAGUUUUAUUUGUUACGUAUCUCCUAACGCAUUAGCAAACAACAGCAUCAUGGGAAACCAAUUCCAAUUCGAUCUGUAAGCUUACGACUGGUUUAAGACACCAAAACGGGUGAUACAUUUUUGGGAGUCCGUUUUGUUUCUUCACUGCUAUGAUAACGGUCAUUACAGCUGUUACAAAAUUGUGACGACAUCGUUGUCAGAAUUUGAGAAUUUGAGAAUUCAACGUGGCGCGAUGGGGCGUACUGUCCAUUUGUAAAGUAGACUCUCUAAAAGUCCUUUAUUUUUUUCCUGGUUUGUUAUGCCAUUUUAAAGGCCUUAGCCCUUUUCAUACCUGUUUGACGCGAAAUUCACCGGUCGAAAAUUCCACCAGUGACGUCAUGACAAUUGACCAGUAGGACAGUCAGUGAUAUUUCACGCCUCUCCCGACACAGCAUAUAUCAAUCAUUUUUUCCCGCGUGAAUUUAUAAUAUGAUUUAAAAUCCAUUCAGGCGAAACAAGUCGACUUCGCUCGGUUGCCGCGCGACCUCAUGCAUUGAAGCUCGCUUCGCUCACUUUUAAGAACUUAUGAAAGGUCGACUUGUAGCAAGUCCAGUUGUAAAGAUGUCCAGAAGUCCAGUUGUGUGUUCACAUGGAUUCUUUUGGCCAUGGUGUUACGUCAAGUCUUCAAAUUGGCGGCUAUAUAACGUAGUGAAUUAAACAAGUAAACAUAUAUUUUUUCUCUACCAGUUCAGUUCAAUUCUUCAUUCAUUCAAAUCCUACUGACAGUAUUAAAGUAAAUACUGUUAUAAGGUGGGAAAAUUUUGUAAACGAAAACCAUAAAUAAUUUAUCUUUCUAUUUUUGACUUUGUAGAACGGUUUUUGGUUCUCCAUCGGCUACUGCUUGUUUUUCUUCAUUCCUGCGAUAAUCUUUUGUGUGAAACUUGCCAAGCAUUACCGUCGAAUGGAUUACGAAAGUGACUUCGAUCAGGGAUGGGAUGCGUAA